CUUUUGCUUUUUUGCUUUGCUUUUCUUUUCUUUUCUUAUUUUUUUCACUAGAAAGAUUGAUCAUUACCAGAUAUAUAUAACGUUUUACGCUCUCCAAUAAGUGUGACAUUGAUUUCUUUAUCAUUAGAAUGGCCUCCUUUUGGUUUCUCUUACUACACAUCAUGUUUUUCAUGGCCUCACCUUUGCUAUCUUUAGCUUCUUCUCAGCUGAGUUCAGAUAUUCCUACUGUCUCAGCUUCACCAGUAUCUAUGUCAGAUCCUCCCCUGGCCCCUUUCCAAGAAUUAUCACCCGACAUUGCUCCCUUAUUCCCAUCUCCAGGUGGAGUGGUUCCUACCACCGGUUCCUCCAUGCCCACCAUUCCUUCCAGUCCAAGCCCGCCGAAUCCCGAUGACGUGAUGGCGGCGGGUCCCGACUCUGCAGCAUUUCCUCCAUUCGGAUCAUUGCCGGGUUUCUCCACUUCUCAUAGGAUUUCAGUUGGGUCUUUAAACUUAGCAGCUUUUCCAGUUGUGGCAGCAUAUUGCUUAAUUCAGCUCGUUAGAGUACUGUAAAUUUAUUUUUGUUGGUUAGAAGAAAACUCUAUUUAUUGUUGUAGGUUUCAGCGCCAGGCUAUACCCUCUGCUCAUCUUCUUCAUUUCUCCUUUUUCACCUGGCACAGUACAUGAUGAUAAUGUAUCUAGCUAGCUACUCCUUAAUACGGUUGUUUGCUUUUGCAGCUCCUCUUAAGGAGUUGUAUUAAUUGAAAUAAACAUGGAGUUGUUGUCCGCACAGAAGUUGCAUUUGAUGUAAUUUUGUGAACUAGUUUGACAAUUUGAUUGAUAA